GAUUCAAGUUCAUCCCCAAGCCACCUAUCGGAAGAAACUGUAAUAUCGGCUUAAGUGUUCGAGGAGUUAUAAUAUAUAUGAAAGUUUGUUCAAAGCAUUUUGAAGAGUCUGAUUUUCAUACACAAAGUAAGGAGCUGAGACACGCAGAUUUGUGUUUGAGACCGAGAAAAACUAACUUGAGACGCCGAAAUUUGAAAAGAAAUGCAGUCCCAACAAAAAACCUUCCUACAGGUACUCAUGAGAACAUAAAGAAGAAAGAAAGACGGAAUUUAACUAGAUAUGAUCCUGUACAACAACCAAUUUUGAAAUCUGACUGUGAAGUAAUGACACAAAAUCAAGAUGAAAAUGAACUUCAUGCUCAGGAAAUGAUUCACAGGCCUGAAUUGUUGGCUGCUGAAGCUCUAUGUGCUUUUAUCAAUAAGGACAAUUUGUGACAAUAUUACUACAAAUCAAAAGCUUAACAGCUUGACAGGGUUGAAUUCUUUCGAAAUGCUGAAAACUAUUGAAAUUUUAUUAUUAAGAAUAAAAAGAGAAAAUUUUGUUUCAUCCCUCAAUAUUAGGGAAAAAAUACAUUUACAAAACUAAAGAAUGACACGAGCUAUGUUGUAUUGUCUUUACUCUUUGGAAACAUCAGUUCCCAAAGUAUAAAAGAAAUUUUUUAUGACAUGCUAACUGUGUUAGCGACAGUAUUGAAACCUGCGAGCUAUCUUCCACCUAUUGAGGAAAUUCGUAAUACCAUGCUCACCUGACGAAGUCAUGUUAUCAUGACGAAACAAUUGUUGUGAAAAUAAAUAUAUAAAGCGGAAAUAAGUUAUUUUACUUUUUAAUCAUCAAGAUGAAUUUCCGACAAGUAAAGACUGAGACAA